CAGUAAUGUGAGCGGCAGAGGCCAGAGAUGUCUAGUAAUUAACGAUUAUUUUGUUUAUAAUCUUAAAUACAAGUUAAAGUAUUAGCAGAUGUGUGAAUGUAAAUGUUUAUCUGAAUUUAAUUGCGAAUAAGUAACGAACAGGUUUCAUAAAUAUUAUUCUUACUUUCACGUGAAAGUCUACAGAUGGCUUAGAUGCAGUCAGUAGCUGAGCACGUCAAGGCACCAACAGAUCCACAACGCAACAAAACAAAAUUUUAAAAGUGAAAUGCAUUCAAGCUGGUUUUAUCUCAUACUGCUUUUGAUCGCCAUCCAUGACAGUCAGAGCGCUUACGGCCGCGGCAAUCAAUGGAGUCAAUACACACAACGCCCCAAUUUUUCGAGAUACAAGGAGUUGAUAAAAGUGUACGAGGCAAAAAAUUUGGAAUUCGGAUUUCCCAGUGAAGAGGACAGACAAAAAGCUUUACGUAAAGAGCUCUACAUACCAGACAAUCCACUGCCCAUUGAUGUGGAUGUCUACCAUCCACCAAGUGGCGAGCAACCGAAGAUAUUCGUGACAAUACCACGUUUCGGCCAAGGCGUGCCCUACUCGCUGGCCUAUCUAACGAAUGUGGUGCGCCCCAAUGGCACCGAACUGCAGCCCUAUCCAAGCUACGAUUGGCAUAAAACGCAUGGCGAUGACUGUGAUGGGCUUACCUCGGUUUACCGGAUACAGAUCGACUCGUGUGGUAAAAUGUGGAUAUUGGAUAGUGGUGAAAUUGAAUUCAAGCAACACUGCGCGCCACAACUAGUGGUACUGGAUAUAGCCACCUCCAAAGUGGUGCAUCGUUAUCGUUUUCCCAAAGGCAUGUUCAAGCCGACAAUAAGUCGUUUCGUCACACCUUACGUCGACAUUGCAGAUCCCGCGCCGAAGGGUGCAUGCGAGGAAGCUUUCGUUUAUAUGGCCGAUCCCACCGGUACCGGUUUUGUGGUGUACGAUGUGCAGCAUGAAAGUUCAUGGCGUGUGGAAAACAAGUACACAUACCCCGAUCCAGAUUUUGGUACGCACACCAUAGCCGGUGAGAGUUUCGAACUUUUGGAUGGUACAUUCGGUUUCGCGGUAACACCACGCGGUUUGGGUUUGCGACGCAUGUUAUACUUUCAUUCGCUGUCGAAUGAUGCGCAGGUAGCCAUUCCCUUGGAUAUUGUGAACGAUCCCACCUACUGGAAGAGCGGUAUCAAUUCAGCUUUGGAGCAUUUCGUGUUGUUGGGCAAACGUGGCAUACAAUGUGCGGCACCAGCCAUGACCGCGCAGGGCAUAUUUCUAUGUGGACACCUAGAACCGAUUGGUCUUUUCGGUUGGGAUAUUCGUACACCGUAUACACAUCAAAAUCGCUUGUUGUUGGCUGAGAAUCCAACAACGCUGCAAUUUAUCAGCGGCUUGAAGGUGAUAAGAAAUUUAGAGGGCAAAGAAGAGGUUUGGAUGCUGUCUAAUCGCUUACAGAAGGGCUUCUCUGGCACCAUGAAUUACGAUGAGAUUAAUUAUCGCAUUGCGAAGUGCGGUGUCGAAGAGUUGGUGUUCGGUAGACCUUGCUAGUCGGCAAUGAUGUUUAAUCAAGUUAGUUUAGUACCUACAAAAUAUUUUUUUUUAUUUGUAUGUGUAAUAAGAAUAUGAAGAGGUGUGUGUUUAUUUUUUAGAGGAGAUUUGUUUUUAUUGCGAAAUUCGAGUAUACAAGCGCCUAUACAUUAAUAAAUAGUAAUUCCGCUUAUCAGCGAAAUUUUUUUUCAUUGA